AUGUCUGCACCACCACCAGUAAUAAAACCACCACCGUCCAAGCGCGCGAAGAGGAGCGGGGCGGAACGUGUCACGACGCUCGACAACCCGGCCUUCGAUGCGGACGACGUGGCCGCGGCGAAAUCGCACGCCAAGAUGUCUUUCAGGUGCCCGGUCACCAUCGACAGUGUCUUCGCGCCGCCGGCGCCCGACCAGGUCUGCACCUUCUACGAAUCCAGGAACCACGGCAGCAAGCCAUGGGGUCACCUCUCCGAACCUGAGCAACGGGAAUGGGCCGAGUCGUGUCACGACAACAAGACGCUGAUGGGGUUCAUCGUGUACGCGACGCUCUUUCCGAAGCUGCUGCGCAACAGGAUCAAGCUCAACGCCGCGACGUACCACUGGGCACACCUGGACUCCUCAUCGGCCAAGGGGAGGCUCAAGCUCGAGCAGCGACGCGGCGCGGUGAGCAGGCUCAGGAGGGUCGGGUUCGCGCGCUCGCUGUUCCGCGGGCUCCCGCACAGGAUCGACCCGGUGGCCGACACCAGCAUCCUGGUGUUCAUGAACAUGAGCGUGGAGGAAGAGGACGAGAGGUUCCGCUUUUUCACUAAUCGAGAGUUCUCCAUGAUCUACUCUGAGCGAGGAGAGGUCGGCAGCUCGUCCGUUUACUCGUCCUGCUCCACGGCGCUCUCUCUUCUCUGGUUCGCAACGACCGUUCUAGCCAGGCCCUGCUGCCUCGAAUCGAUCAUCCUCCCGAUAAACGUCAGAGAGAGGAGGAGGAUGGAACAGAGGUUCGGGUGCCCGUCUCACUUCUUCGACGGACCCAUCCGGAGCUUCCAGACCACAUGGGGAGGCGUGUUCGCCGCCAUCGGCACGCCUCAUCGGAGCAUCGACUACACCGUCAUCGAAUUCGCCACGUCGGAAAAAUACGUGGAGGGCGUGCACGUCUCCGACGCGUACGCGGCGUUCCGCGCAACGAUGACCGCACCGGGAGACUGCGCGAGCAUCGCGGCGUUGGUACAGUCUUACCGCAGGUCCGCGAAACACGGGGUCGAGUCCGGGGCCGUCGUCGGCGCACUGGACGUCAUCAGGGACAGGCCGGCCGGAGCCAUCGGGAAAAUUGACGGGGGUGUCCUCGGCACCAUCUUGUCGACCUACGGAGAAACUGCGUGCGCAAAUGUCCAGGCGGAGUGCGUCAAGCUUGACGGAGGGGCGUCGCUGUUCGACGACAGCGUCCGAAGCAAGCUCGGCGAAAUCAUGACCCAUUUCGACAACCAGCUGUGGAGGGCGCGCAAGAAAGACAAGGUGGAGAGGCUGAUUGUGGCGAACAUGGAUCCCGCCGGGAUCAACAAGAAGGUCGAGGGGGGAAAGAUGCUCGACCCCACCAACCCGGACUCCGUGGCCAAAAUGAUGGGUAUGCUCAAGUCCCUCUCCGGCCAGGUGUGGAAACCUCUCAGGAGCUUGAUCGGGAAAGCGCUGGGCGCAAGCCUGGAAUCCCCCGGACCCUUCCUGCAAAUUUCAGAGAGCGAAGCCCAAACCCUUGCGCAGUUUGUUCGGGCUGCAAGCGUAACCUAUGCGGACAUCGCCAACCUCUGCACGCUGUUGCUGCUGAGCUUCUCGUUCCAGCGCUCACAGGUGCUCCGAGAGGCGACCGUCGACGAAUUCGUGCUCGUGCCAGACGCGACGCGCUUCAAAUUCUCGUUCAAGAACAGGAGGUUCAAGACCGCCGCAUCCUCCGGAGGAAACGUCGCGGCGCCACCGGUCAGCCACUUCGUGCUCACCCCGGAUCAAAGCAUGAUAGUCAAAUUCAUCGCCACCGCGGGACACGGGCUCUGCUGCCACGGCAAAGCGACGAAGCCCGACAACGGGAGGCGGCGGCUGUUUGUCAAUGCCAGGGGCCAGGGCUGGAACCAGAAAGACAUCUCGUCGCGAUUCAAAAAAAUUGGCAUCGAGUGGUUGAGCAUUGAGAACUUCGGCCCGCACGUGUGCAGGAGCUUUUGGGCCUCGAGCGCCCUGAACUCCGGCCAGGUGAAUUCCAAUAACCUCGAAGACUUCAGCAGCUUUCUCCAAGUUUCGAGCGCAACCCUCAGGAACAGCUACAUGGCUGCGACGGCGAACACCGCAGCUCACACCUUGGGGAACGAAGUUCUCGGAGCGGUCUCAAACAUGGCGUGCACCGGAGAGACGACGGAGCGCGCGAACCGUCCGUACGGCAAGAAGCUGUGCGCCAAGAGGAACGAAUUCUCAGCAGAUAUCCAAGCGUACCUGGCGAAGCACCGCGGCACCACCACCAGCAGAAAGGUGUUCCGAGCGCUGAUUCGAAAGCGGGCCGCUUCUCAGCUCCUUGAGGACGAGAAGUGGUUCAGGUGGGAGAACACGUUUUUCGGAGAAGGAGACGAGAGGUUGUUUCAGCGGUUCGUUGACAAGGGGAAGGCGGAUUGA